UUCAGUUUAGUCCAAAGGCGCGUGCACGUGUUUGAGUUGGCGGGCAGCUUCAAGUCAGAGUUUCCAUGUGAGGAGUGAACUCUGAGUUUAACUCCGAGUUUAACUCCGAGUUUAACUCUUUAACCGUAAAACUGAGUGAAAAUCAGACCGAGUACAGGGACUGAGGACCGGGGAGGGGACAGACACCUCCAAGUUCAGGUGUGCCUCAGGUGAGGGAGUGUCUGAGAAUCCAGGUGAAAAUAAUAAAAGCUUCUUUCUUCUUCUUCUUCUUCUUCGUUGGUGGGAAAGUUGAUUAAAGACAUGAAGAGUAGAGCACAGACAUGUCCGAACAGGCUGAUGAUCUUUGACGCAGCGUUUCUCUCUAAACUGUAAAAAUGGCGCAGCGUGUUUGCAUAUGAAACAGCUGAGUUAACGGGUCUGAACGUUUCCUUUAGACCUGCUGUAAAAUAAAACCUUUAAGUCUGUUAAAAACCCGGACGGAGGUCCUGCAGAGUUUCUCCUCAGACUCCAAACUAACGCGGUUUGUUGGACUUCAGACACUUGGAUCAGAGUUUCUCUCGACUACAGAGCGCAGACAGUAAAAUCCUGUUAUUUUCUGUGUGUUUUAGGAGCUCAGAGAGAGUCAGGUCUUACCAUGAUCGCAGGUCUCUGCUGCCUCCACAGCUGUCUCGGAAUAAAGGAGUCAGAUCAUCUGAAAGGAGUCUUUGAGGAGCUGCUCCGCCCGGCUGAGGUAAACCUGUCCCUCCUCACAGCCCCGAGCAGAUCCCCGCUCACCAACUCCUUAAUAUUUAAUAUUAUUGAUAUGUAAAGAGAGAGAGAAGGAGGUUAAAGGGAAAUAUCUGAGCGGACUCCUGCAGACUGUGUCAUUGAGUCAGGGUUUCUCCUCUUCUCUUCAGGUAGAGGACGCUGACAUGGAGGAGGAAUCUGCCCGGGCCAGGUAACACACCCUGAGGCACACAGCAGGUGACACACACACACACACACACACACACACAGCAGGUGACACACUCACACUCAGGCAGCAGCAAUGGCGGGUUGUUGUGCAACUCCAACUCUCUGACAGAGAGACAGCAGGGUAACCUAUGGACUGGGACUCCUGACCUGAUUAUUGAACAGAAUCAAAUUAAGAAAUUGAUAGAAAGAGCUUUUGUCAGAGUAACUCCAGGGCAAAUACAAUAAAAAGAGGAGAUAAUAAUAGAUACAAAUAAGUAAAAAUAAAGAGAUAAUAUACAAGUAUUUAUACUACAUACAACACAAAUAGUAACAUCAUAUGCAUGUAAAACAGUAAAGAGAGUCCAGAUAAAGACGACUGACUGAGGGGGUCCGAGUCUCUGAGGGGGGAGAUAAACAGUCUGAUGACCACCGGCAGGAAAUAAGACUAUAGCACUGUUUAUUAUUAUUAUUAUUAUUAUUAUUAUUAUUGGUGCAGAGACAGUCACUUUUCUUAAGUCAGAUUUAAAAACUGACUUUUACAGACUUGAUUUUAUGUGGUACAGUCUUUAAUCUUUAAUCUCUUUUACCUCUUGUCUUUUAUUUCAGCUUUACUGUCUUUUUAGCUUUUGUUAAACUUGAACUCCUUUUAUUGUUUUAUCUCUAACUCAUUUUUUUAUUUAUUCUUUUUAUUCGUCUGUUUGACAGGGACAGUCCAUCAUUGUUGAACCUAAUUAAAGAAUAACUGAUGCUGUAUGUAGGACUUCUAGCCGUGGCUAAUUUACAGUCCUUAUCCCUGGUCAGACAGCAGGAAAUACAGAUCAUGAUACAUAAACCACUAAAUAAAACUAACAUUAUAGCAGGUGCAGACAGGUAAUUAUAUGUUUGCAUAAAAACAACAAGAAAACAGACAAAAUGAGCAGUUUCUUCGAUACGCACAAAUCCAGAAACUCACAUAUACAUAUACAUAUAUACAUAUAUACGCAUAGACACACUAUUUGUUGCUCUAUUUUAUCAUUACUAUUAUUAUCAGUAUUACCUGUUGAUUGUUGAUUUUGACUUUUGUAUAUACUAUCCUGUUUCCACUUUAAUCCCCCCUUUUAAUUACAUUUUCUUUUUUCUGAACUAUUUUAUGUUGUUAUUUUGGUCCUCAUGCUCUCAUUUAUGUUUCAUGGUUCUUGUAUUUUCUGGGUUCACUAUGACAUGAAAAUGACCUUCGAUUCAGUUUUAACUGAACUUUUUUUAAUCUAUAUGUCGAAGCUCUUUGUAAACUUCUGUUUUUAAAAGUGCUGUACAGAUAAAGUUAUUAUUAUAAUAAAGAAAACUUUGUCGGCUCAAAGAAACGGUUUUAAAAAAUACAAACAAAAUGAAUUAGAAACAAAGUUAGAAAGACAAACAGGAUAAAGAGAGGUAGCUGUUAGUAUUUGAGGAAUAAAGCCGAGUAAACAGAGGUGAGUACACAGAGUAACUCUGUAAACACGGCUCGGUUAGAACAUAUUUCAUCUGUAUAUUAGGAUAAAUAUCCGUACAUGUAGGAGCGCUCGUCUUCUGAGGUUCUAAUAGAGGAAGAUUCUGAUGAAUCCUGAAACUCUUGUUACAGGAUAAUAGAGGAGAUGUUUCUGCUGACCUCUCAGUUUAACCUUCACCUCUCAUAUUUAUGCAGAUCCUCGUGUUAAAAGCCUGAAUCCUGAGCAGACUCUCUUACAGAUCCGUCCUCUCUCUCUCUCUCUCUCUCUCUCUCUCUCUCUCUCUCUCUCUCUGUCUGUUGUUGUUUGUGUGUCUCUCUCAUGAUUUAUUGAUGCCACACAGAAGCUGAAACCCGUCUCACUCACAGGCCUAUAAAAAAUUCAGACUCUGCCUUUAUUUUCUCAUGGCAGAGCGGAUCAGAACAGAACAAACUGCGGAUAAGUCGCAGGUUUAUACCCCUGAAGGGAACGAGAGCUGGCUUUGAAAUGCAUUUCCAAAAUCCGACGUUUUAGUGUGUGUUUGAAGGUCAUGUGAAAAUUACACCUGUAUUAUAAUCAUCUGGAGGAGUGGAGGAGGAGGAGGUCGAGUUUUUCUGGUUUGGUGAUGAAGUUAACAGUAUGUUCAAAAAAAUAUGCAAACCCAUCAAAAGCAGAGAGAAAACAAACGUCUCCUCUGACUCGGGUCUGCUCUUAAAGCUUGUUAUACAUUAACAAAGCGAAUGUCUGCAGGAUGACUCACACAUACCACCGAGCAACUUCCACUGACUGCAGUUGGAACGUGAAGCUCGAGGAGAUGUUGAAAACAUUUCUCUGUCUCUGGUUUCAAAGUCCUCCUCCUGUGUGUGUGUGUGUGUGUGUGUGUAUGUGUGUGUCUUUCAAACAUGCUCACCUGGCUGCAGCCCAGUCCACGCUGCCAGAGACACUGCGGCGUAAACAGCUGUUUUCCUCAGACCCACCAGGAUUUGCUUUGCUUGGCAGAGGAUUUAGACGGGCAGAAUGACAAUAGUCUGAAGUUGGAGAAAAGACGGUCUCCUGUGCCAAAGCAGGGCCAUUCAGACGCUCCUUUCAUCGGCUGGAAUAGGAACGUAAUUACGGUGUAAAACUCGUCCCUUUGAGCCGCUGAAAUCAUCGUUUGUGAUCUUAGUGUGGGAAAAAGCUCCAACAUAACGACUCAGACCACUCAGUCCUCUGGCUGUAAAUGAGCCUCAGAGCUGCUGGAGGAGUGAAAGAGUGAAACCUCAUUUUCUCUUUAGAUCAACUGAGUCACCUUCUUCAGAUCUUCUUCAUCUAUAUAAUCAUGGUCAUAUCCCGUAGUCACGCAGCUGUGGUGCUUCUGUGUCCAGGUUUACUAAAGGUAUACUGUGAUAUCAUGUUAAUCUCUCGUUACUCAAGAAGAAGACGAAGAAGUGUGAAACUCCAACAAGCACAAAGAAAAGACGGUAUUCUACCCUGAGACACCAGGAACUAGGGCUGGACGAUAAAACAAUAACGAUAUAUAUCAACAAUUAAUGUCCCUCAAUAUCAAUAUAAAACAUGAUCAAUAUCCUUUUCAAUAGUCGUCAUUCUGACAUGUUUUGGUCGACUAACGAACAGUCGGGCUGGACGAUCUGCUUUUCUCCUGAUUUGAUUCUUCUACGAUUGUUUGGAUGUUGAUUUGAUUUAAAUUGUGAUUCUACGAUAUUGUUGAUUUUCUCGAUCUUUAGUCUGUAUUUUAAAGUGAAACAGAUCAAUGAUUAUGAUCGUCUGCUGACUAUUAAAGGAACCAGAUUUACUCAAAAAUAAACGUCACAUGGAGGUCAGAUUUAAAGAUUUACUCUUACAUUUGAAAAUAAAAAAUAGAUUUUUGAGCAAAAAAUCCUGAUACUUCCGUGAAUCGAUUUUUUUUCUCCCACCCCUAACGAACAGCCAAUGAAAAGGGGAGUUUCUCCACUUCGCUCUGAACCAAUCAUGUUCUGAAUUAGAACAUGAUUGGUAUCAAGUAUCAAACAACUGUGUCGUAGCAGACAGCAGCUCCACCCAACCAUAGCACUUUAACAUCACAACGACAAAACGCCAAAGAGACACAGAGACCUCACAGAUGCAGAUCUAGGAUGUGCGCACGUGCGUCCAAAUGGAAAUAAAACAACGGCUAGUUUUUCAAAAUAAAAGCAACACAUGUGUAUAGCAUGUCGAUGAUUUGUUUGACGGACCUCACAAAGGGCCGGGCAGGGACAUCCAGGGGGCCGGAUGUGGCCCUCAGGCUGUAAAAUGUCCAGGUCUGCUCUGAAUGAACUGCAGUUCACUUUGUGUGCCUUAGGUGUCGCUGUCCUGUUAUUUUGUAAAAAGGUAGCUACGUCACUGUUGUCGGCAGGUGAUUGAUCUGAAAAGGCUAAAGAUUUUUGACCGCUGUGGCGCUAAAUGUCGGCGUUUCGUUUACUCGCUGUUGUUUGAUGGGAAUUACAAACGGACUUUAAUGAUGUUCAUCACAUCAAAUUAAUGUUGUCUGCAUCAGAGGAUCAUCAAAAACUCGUGUUAGUGAAUAAAACCAGGUUUAGUUUGAAGUCUAGACUUUGAUAUGACUUUCGCUGAUUGAGCUUAAAAGCAGAUCUUCCUGUGGCUCUUAAAUUGUUAAUGACUGUUUUUCUUCGUGUUUUCCCUCCGUCUCCCCCCUCCGUCUCCCUCCAUCUCCCCCCUCAGCUCCCCCUCAGCUCCCCCUCUGCUCCUUGUUUGUCGAGGCGUCUUUGCAAACACCAACUGCCAACCACAAAGCCUGGAGAAACCACCCUCGGGCGUUUGAGAAAGAGCAAAUGGCAGACUAGCUGUGACCCCACUGCCCCACCCACUGGAUGGAGAUCCUCACUACACCUCAGUCUGCUCCUCCUCCUCCUCCUCCUCCUCCUGUUGGAAAAACAAGUUUAAACUGCAGAGGAAUGAGGUGAGAAAUGCAAGUCAUUCCUGCAUGUUUAAAGUCAAACGGACGGGGCGUGAAUAAAUCAGUUUGUCUAUAAUUCACUUUCUUGAAAACGCUCUGGGAGCUCGGCUGUGUUUGUGGCGGCGGCGGCACAGCGAACGAGUCCAGAUGACUGAUCACCGCCCCUCAUUCAGAAGAUAAACAAGAACGUGACUCACUGCCGCUCCCUCCUUCACAUCGCCACAGUAACCAGCUCCCAUUUCUUUGACAGGUUUCCAUUCAGAAACACGGCGCUGAAGAGGAACUAAACUCUGAAUCUGUCUGAGGGAGUUAAAGCGUCUUCUGGAGAGGGAGGCCUGCACAGACUCAGACGUCCUAAUUAACCAGAGAGUCCACCGGAUAAUGAACUAAAGCAGAGAGUUACAUAACUCCAGAUAUUCGAGGAAACCUUUCCCCGUCUGCCCACACAAGUCUUCAUUUUCUGAACCCUGCUGCCUCUAAAUCAGAGCUGAAGACCCCCGUCUCUGACUCUGAACAAGACCCCCCAGCCAGACCUGAAUCCAGGACUCUGACAUGUUGACGUUUAUAUUCACAUGAAAUCUGAGGUGCUGAUAAAUAUGACAUAAAUAAGGGUUAGAGAGAGAGAAGUGUAGCUACAAUCAUGUUAUUUUAUUCUAAUGAGUGAGAGAAUAAUAUCAUAAUUAUAAUAUAGAAUACCUGACCCUGACCGUACCGCCCCCUGAGAACCAUCCUCUGAAGCUAUAAUUACAUUUGUGCCGCCCGUCUCCUAAAGAACACGAGCUUUGUGUGGAGAGACAGGAGGUCUCUGAAUUUUCAUAUUUAUUUCCCAUGGUGCAUCAGCGCAGGAAUUAAUGGGCUGUUUGUCAAAGUCUAUAAAAGCUGAAUUUGUCGGAGCCACUUCCACUCUAAUGCUGAUUGACUCUCUGCUAUUCCCAGCACAUCCCACCAGCAACGAAAUAUACAAAGCUUGAGCAUUUGCUGAUAAUGGGCAAUAAUAGCUCACAAUGUUCUUUUGCAAAAUCAUCACCUCAUCAGACUCUAAGUAAUUCAAUUUGUUUUAAUAAUGUUUCUGCAGAGGUGAAGGUUUGGAGAGAGAGAGAGAGAGAGAGCUGUUCUUCUUUUACUCUCUAUUAAACCGAGUACGUUUAAAGCUA